AUGGAGGAGCAACAGAAAAGAGAGACAGAGAGACAGAAGAGAGAGAUGGAGGAGAAACAGAAAAGAGAGAUGGAGAGACAGAAGAGAGAGAUGGAGGAGCAACAGAAAAGAGAGAUGGAGGAGAAACAGAAAAGAGAGAUGGAGGAGAAACAGAAAAGAGAGAUGGAGAGACAGAAGAAAGAGAUGGAGGAGCAACAGAAAAGAGACAUGGAGAGACACAAGAGAGAGAUGGAGGAGAAACAGAAAAGAGAGAUGGAGGAGAAACAGAAAAGAGAGAUGGAGAGACAGAAGAAAGAGAUGGAGCAACAGAAAAGAGAGAUGGAGUUGAGACAGAAUAGAGAGAUGGAGGAGAAACAGAACAAAGAGAUGGAGGAGAAACAGAAAAGAGAGAUGGAGUUGAGACAGAAGAGAGAGAUGGAGGAGAAACAGAAAAGAGAGAUGGAGAAGAAACAGAAAAGAGAGAUGGAGAGACAGAAGAGAGAGUUGGAGGAGAAACAGAAAAGAGAGAUGGAGAGACAAAAGAGAGAGAUGGAGGAGAAACAGAAAAGAGAGAUGGAGAGACAAAAGAGAGAGAUGGAGGAGAAACAGAAAAGAGAGAUAGAGGAGAAACAGAAAAGAGAGAUGGAGAGACAGAAGAGAGAGAUGGAGGAGAAACAGAAAAGAGAGAUGGAGAGACAAAAGAGAGAGAUGGAGGAGAAACAGAAAAGAGAGAUGGAGAGACAAAAGAGAGAGAUGGAGGAGAAACAGAAAAGAGAGAUGGAUAGACAGAAGAGAGAGAUGGAGGAGAAACAGAAUAGAAAGAUGGAGGAGAAACAGAAUAGAGAGAUGGAGAGACAGAAGAGAGAGAUGGAGGAACAGAAAAGAGAGAUGGAGUUGAGACACAAGAGAGAGAUGGAGGAGCAACAGAAAAGAGAGAUGGAGAGACAGAAUAGAGAGAUGGAGGAGAAACAGAAAAGAGAGAUGGAUAGACAGAAGAGAGAGAUGGAGGAGAAACAGAAAAGAGAGAUGGAGAGACAAAAGAGAGAGAUGGAGGAGAAACAGAAAAGAGAGAUGGAGGAGAAACAGAAAAGAGAGAUGGAGAGACAGAAUAGAGAGAUGGAGGAGAAACAGAAAAGAGAGAUGGAGGUGAAACAGAAAAUAGAGAUGGAGAGACAGAAGAAAGAGAUAGAGGAGCAACAGAAAAGAGAGAUGGAGAGACAAAAGAGAGAGAUGGAGGAGAAACAGAAAAGAGAGAUGGAGAGACAAAAGAGAGAGAUGGACGAGAAGCAGAAAAGAGAGAUGGAGGAGAAACAGAAAAGAGAGAUGGAGAGACAGAAUAGAGAGAUGGAGGAGCAACAGAAAAGAGAGAUGGAGAGACAAAAGAGAGAGAUGGAGGAGAAACAGAAAAGAGAGACAGAGAGACAGAAGAGACAGAUGGAGGAGAAACAGAAAAUAGAGAAGGAGAGACAAAAGAGAGAGAUGGAGGAGAAACAGAAAAGAGAGAUUGAGGAGAAUCAGAAAAGAGAGAUGGAGAGAAAAAAGAGAGAGAUGGAGGAGAAACAGAAAAGAGAGAUGGAGGAGAAACAGAAAAGAGAGAUGGAGAGACAGAAUAGAGAGAUGGAGGAGCAACAGAAAAGAGAGAUGGAUAGACAGAAGAGAGAGAUGGAGGAGAAACAGAAAAGAGAGAUGGAGAGACAAAAGAGAGAGAUGGAGGAGAAACAGAAAAGAGAGAUGGAGAGACAAAAGAGAGAGAUGGAGGAGAAACAGAAAAGAGAGAUGGAGGAGAAACAGAAAAGAGAGAUGGAGAGACAGAAUAGAGAGAUGGAGGAGAAACAGAAAAGAGAGAUGGAGGUGAAACAGAAAAUAGAGAUGGAGAGACAGAAGAAAGAGAUGGAGGAGCAACAGAAAAGACAGAUGGAGUUGAGACAGAAUAGAGAGAUGGAGGAGAAACAGAAAAAAGAGAUGGAGAGACAAAAGAGAGAGAUGGAGGAGAAACAGAAAAGAGAGACAGAGAGACAGAAGAGACAGAUGGAGGAGAAACAGAAAAUAGAGAUGGAGAGACAAAAGAGAGAGAUGGAGGAGAAACAGAAAAGAGAGAUUGAGGAGAAUCAGAAAAGAGAGAUGGAGAGACAAAAGAGAGAGAUGGAGGAGAAACAGAAAAGAGAGAUGGAGGAGAAACAGAAAAGAGAGAUGGAGGAGAAACAAAAAAGAGAGAUGGAGAGACAGAAGAAAGAGAUGGAGGAGAAACAGAAAAGAGAGAUGGAGAGACAGAAGAGAGAGAUGGAGGAGAAACAGAAAAGAGAGAUGGAGGAGAAACAGAAAAGAGAGAUGGAGAGACAGAAGAAAGAGAUGGAGGAGCAGCAGAAAAGAGAGAUGGAAUUGAGACACAAGAGAGAGAUGGAGGAGAAUCAGAAAAGAGAGAUGGAGAGACAGAAGAAAGAGAUGGAGCAACAGAAAAGAGAGAUGGAGUUGAGACAGAAUAGAGAGAUGGAGGAGAAACAGAACAAAGAGAUGGAGAGACAGAAGAGAGAGAUGGAGGAGAAACAGAAAAGAGAGAUGGAGGAGAAACAGAAAAGAGAGAUGGAGAGACAGAAGAGAGAGAUGGAGGAGAAACAGAAUAGAAAGAUGGAGGAGAAACAGAAUAGAGAGAUGGAGAGACAGAAGAGAGAGAUGGAGGAACAGAAAAGAGAGAUGGAGUUGAGACACAAGAGAGAGAUGGAGGAGCAACAGAAAAGAGAGAUGGAGAGACAGAAUAGAGAGAUGGAGGAGAAACAGAAAAGAGAGAUGGAUAGACAGAAGAGAGAGAUGGAGGAGAAACAGAAAAGAGAGAUGGAGAGACAAAAGAGAGAGAUGGAGGAGAAACAGAAAAGAGAGAUGGAGGAGAAACAGAAAAGAGAGAUGGAGAGACAGAAUAGAGAGAUGGAGGAGAAACAGAAAAGAGAGAUGGAGAGACAAAAGAGAGAGAUGGACGAGAAGCAGAAAAGAGAGAUGGAGGAGAAACAGAAAAGAGAGAUGGAGAGACAGAAUAGAGAGAUGGAGGAGCAACAGAAAAGACAGAUGGAGAGACAAAAGAGAGAGAUGGAGGAGAAACAGAAAAGAGAGACAGAGAGACAGAAGAGACAGAUGGAGGAGAAACAGAAAAUAGAGAAGGAGAGACAAAAGAGAGAGAUGGAGGAGAAACAGAAAAGAGAGAUUGAGGAGAAUCAGAAAAGAGAGAUGGAGAGAAAAAAGAGAGAGAUGGAGGAGAAACAGAAAAGAGAGAUGGAGGAGAAACAGAAAAGAGAGAUGGAGAGACAGAAUAGAGAGAUGGAGGAGCAACAGAAAAGAGAGAUGGAUAGACAGAAGAGAGAGAUGGAGGAGAAACAGAAAAGAGAGAUGGAGAGACAAAAGAGAGAGAUGGAGGAGAAACAGAAAAGAGAGAUGGAG